AGUUAGGGUUUUUGACAUCCAAUAGUUAGAUCAAUAUAGAGGGAAAGAACGAGUGAGAGAGAAAAAGAAAGGAAUUUCAAUGGCUUCUAGGGUUACUCUGAAGGCGAAAGGGAAGAGUUCAAAGGGAUCGAAAGCGGAAGAUCGAUCAGCGAGUGAGUGUUUGAAGGAGUGGACCACAUGGGCGAUGAGAAAAGCUAAGGUCGUCACCCACUACGGGUUCAUCCCUUUGGUUAUCAUCAUCGGUAUGAACUCUGACCCAAAACCCCAACUUUCCCAGCUUCUCAGCCCCGUUUAAUCUAAACGUUUAUCCGUCUCGCAUCACAUCACUGCGGCGUCGUUUUCCUUUUUUUUUUUUUUUAAAUCCCCCCCUUUUUAAUAUUUGUAAGUUUGUGGUUCAAUUUUCAGUCGCAUGUCUAAUGUAAUAUGAUGAUGUCAAACUGGAUUAGCUUGUUUGAUUUUGGAUAAAUUUCGAAAAUUCAGUACCAAAUAACCGCUCAUUAUAAUUACAACAGUAUCGUGUGAUUUCGCUUUGUUGAGCAGCUGGAGAAUUGUUUUGUUUUGUACUAUAGGACAUUGAAUCUUGCAAUUGCGUUUGUUGCUUAA